GGUUCGCAUGCGUGCGACGCGUUUUGUCGUGAAGCACCCUCAAUCCGAGUUUCGGCACACAUUUCUCAGAGUGUUCCCGACCAGUUCUUCAGCAUUCCUUAACCACUGCAAACUGUCAUGACCACUGCUUGACCAGGGGGUGCCUACAAAUAUGGAUUCUUCCCCGUCGUCGUCCAAAGCCCCGGAGCCCACGCUGCCUACCGCGGCCGGCGUCAAGCGCUCUGCUCCUUCACUCCUCCCGGCGUUCGAGCCGCUGUCUUCCUCGCCAGGGCUGCCGCGACCCUCGAAGCGGCACGCGAGCUCCAAUGCCUUUCUCAAAUACCCCACGCCCGCCCCGACCUCGAGCACCGGCAUCCUCUCAUCGAGUCCUCCGAGGCUCGGUUCUCGUCCGGCCCCGAGGCGGACGCAGUCGACAGUAUCCGAACGCGCCCCGCUGACCAGUGUCCCGUCGGUGGAGCUGAACGAGAACGGCGAGACACUUCUGAUGGGCCGCUCCAGCAGCUCGUCUCACUACCAGCUCUCUGCCAACCGCCUCAUCAGCCGAGUCCACGUCAAGGCUCGUUACAUCGCGGCGACCAACCCGCUGGAGCCCAACAAGAUCGAGAUCGUCUGCACCGGGUGGAACGGGCUGAAGCUGCACUGCCAGGGGCAGACGUGGGAGCUGGCCAAGGGCGACUCGUUCACGUCGGAAACGGAGGGCGCCGAGAUCAUGAUCGACGUCCAGGACGCGAGGGUGAUGGUGCGGUGGCCGCGUCGGGAUAAGGACCAGGACGCGCUGGGCCAUCUGAGCGACUCGACCUGGGACGAAUCGCCGCGUCCGCGGGUUGCGAGGGCAGGGUCGGAGCUGCAGGGCAGCCCGCUGAGGAAGACGACGCGUCUGGCCAGCCCGGAGUCGCCCACGCCGGCUAACGUGUCGACGUCGAACGCGAGCCUCGACAGCCUGGUGCCCCGCGGAACCGAGCAGGACGAUGCCCCGGUGGAGAUCUACGAGGAUGCCAGCGCCGACGAGAAGUCCCCCAAGCCCCAGAAGGCCGCCACCGGCGCCAGCUUCGCGACCCAGGCGGCAGAGAGCUUCUCGAGCGACCUGAGCGACCCGCAGUCAGACGCGGAGAACGAGCCGAACGAGGAGAACGACCCGAUUGUUCACUCGUUCGGUCCAUUCGCCAGCAAUGUGUCCGGCCGUCUCGCGUCCUUCUCGACCGCGACCCCGAGAGUCAAGCCUCCCGUCUCCCGCAAUCCUCUGGCCGACGUCCUCGAGUCCUCACCCCUUCCGCCGCCCUCCCCGCUCAAGCCAGCAGACGCAAACUCCUCGGCGGCGGCAGCAUCAAGCAUUCCCUCGGCACCCACCCCGGAGGCUCUCACCGGCCUGAGCGCCGAGGAGGUCUCCACCAUAACCAACCACAUGAUCAACCAGCUGGCCUUCUCGCGGCUCUCGUCAACGCCGCUCUCGACCAUCUUGAACAACCUGCCGGCGGCGGAGCGCAAGAUGGUCAACAAGGAGCAGCUGCGCAUCAUUAUCGAGUCGACACCCUGCGUGGGCAUCAUCCGGCGGCAAGGGAAGGACGCGGCAGGCAAGCCGCUCGAGAGCGAGUACUAUUACACGCCGGAGCUGGACACCGACGAGCAGCGGAGGCUAGCGGUGACGGACGGGCUGCGCAAGCCGAGCUUGCGGAAUUGUCGGAAGCAACACAAGCAAUAUUAUUGGAAGCGCCCAAAGACGCCCUAAUCAGCCAGCCGUUCGAGCCCGUUUUUGCCGGAGUGGGCCAGGCGUGUCACACGUCUGUAUGAAGUGCCGCCAUCCCCCGCUUAUAUCUCAGUAACGCCGCGUGUGAAGAGAAGAUUGCUUUCGCUUGUGCCUGGGAGGAUCCUCCAGAUACCCCAUGUCUCUCACUGUCACACUUGCUGGAAACUCUUUCUAGCACCCCUCCAUCUGUAUCCCCCUUAACUGUUUGCUUCGGGAAGAGUUGCAUAGUGCCUGGCGUAAUUUUGUAGGUGGACGGUGGUUGCUUUGGGCGUUCGCUGCCAUGUCCGGGGUGUUUUUGCUGAAGGCAAGGUUUGUUAGCGGAGGCAAAGGGGUAGGCCCACGGAAUAGGGCAAGGAAGGAAAGGACAAAAGAAGCAGGCGCCUGUGCUUGGAAGGUUGGAGUGGUGCUGCGCAGGGACUUUUGAGGCACCUUGAUGCCGACGUGUCGAUGUAGUUAUGUAUGUACAUAUUUAAAGGCAAGAAAUGACAAGAUUUAGGC